GCUCUUGCCCUGAAUGAAUCCAAGUAACCCCGGUGGUUGCCUUCUGAAAUGACCAGCAGACACACAUCUGUACGGAGGCUGCCCAAAGCAUAAAUUCUGGUUCUAAUGUACCAUGUCCAGCCAAGGAAGUCCUGGUGAGGAGUUUUCUACGACAACAGUCAGUUCAGUAGCUGUGCAGGCUGGGGACUCCAAAAUCGUUAUAGCCAUCAUAAAGUGUGGCAAGUGGGUACAAUUUCAAUUGGCUGAAUCACAGCCCAAUCUUCUGGAAAUUGGAAGCAAUCAAGAUGAAACCAGAAAACUUCUUCAUGAUCAUGAACUUCUUUUGGCCAAGCUCAAGGCUUUGGAAGACCGAGUAUGGGAACUCCUGCAGGAAGCAGACAAGACGGCUCAAGAGAACAAGGAUCAGAGUCAGGUCUAUGAUGCCAUGGCCAAAACUCUGGGUGAAGCAUGGGCAGCCCUGGUCGCCAUGCUUGAGAGAAGGAGGGAGCUUCUCAGGUUGACCUCUGAAUUUUUUGAAAAUGCCUUGGAGUUUGCCAUUAAAAUAGACCAAACGGAAGAUUUCCUCCAGAACACUCAGGAGUUUGAGAGUGCCGAGUCCUUGAAAUCACUCCUUCAGCUUCAUGAACAUCAUACCAAAGAACUCUUAGAACGAUCUCUAGCCCUUUUAAACAAAAGUCAACAACUCACUGACUUCAUAGAAAAAAUCAAGUGUGAUGGACUUAAUGUGAAUCCCGAGAUGAUUCAGGGAGCUCAAAACAGCUGCCUGAAGAUUGACAGUCUUCUUGAACUUCUCCAAGACAGGAGACGGCAAUUAGACAAGUACCUGAAGCAACAGCAGCAGGAAUUGAGUCAGGUUCUGCAGAUAUGUCAGUGGGACCAACAAGAAAGUCAGGUUACUUGUUGGUUUCAGAAAACCAUAAGAGAUUUACAGGAACAAAGUCUAGGUUCAUCACUUUCAGACAAUGAGGAGCUAAUUCGUAAGCACGAGGAACUGAUAAUAAAAGCAAAGGAAUGGAAUUCUGCAGUGGAGAAGCUGAAGAGAGAGGCACUGGGGAUUCUGCUCUCCAAGGAGGAUGUGGAGAAAGAACACCUACAGCUCUCUAACCAGAAACUGACUUGGCUUCAAGAGGAAUUUGGUCGGCUCAUGGUGGAAAGGAAAACCUGGUUAAAAAAGGCAAAUGGCUUUUUUAACAGCGCAAACAAGGCAUUUGAUGUACUUGGAAGAGUUGAAGCUUACCUUAAGCUCCUUAAAUCAGAGGGUUUAAGUCUUCCUGUCUUGGCAGCGAGGCAUGAGGAAUUACACAGAGAAAUUAAAGACUGCACAGCUGAUGCUUUGCAAGAGGGACAAGCCUUAAUCAACGAACUAGGCUCCUGCAGCUCUCGGGUGACCGGUGUCCAUGAGAUGAUGGGAUGCAUCAAGAGGCGAGUUGAUCAUCUGACUGAACAGUGUUCAGCGCACAGGGAAUUUGCUCUUAAUAGACAGCAAUUAACAGCCUCAGUGGAGGGCUAUUUAAGAAAGGUGGAAAUGUCCAUUCAGAAAAUCAGCCCAGUAAUUUCUAAUGCAAUGGAUGUCGGUUCCAGCCUUUCGGAAUCAGAGAAGAUUUUGAGUACAUAUCUGGAACUAGAUAAACAAGCUAAGGAGACAUCACAUGAAUCAGAAGCAGCUGCAAAACUCUUGACAGAGAAAAAUGAUUUUGAACCUGAUGAAGUGGCAUCGCUUUCUUCUAAAGCUAAGUGGCUAGAGGAAGAAUUAAACAUACUUGGCCAAAGCAUCAGCUCCAGGUCACAAGUUCUGCAAACUUAUGUGGCAUUUCUAAAGUCAUCAGAGGAGGUAGAGGAGCAAUGUCGGGGCCUAAAGGAGUUUUACCAAACUGAUAUCCUGCGAAAGGAAGAGGGUGAUGCUGAAGUUGAGCGUCUCUCUGACUCAGUGGAGAAGCAGUGGCAGCUGUUUUUAAAGAGGAGCUUUUUAGCUCAAGACCUCGGGCUCAAGUUCCUUAAUUUAAUAAAUAUGGCAAAAGCAAAUGAAAUAUUAAAUGUGAAAAAUGAAGUACACAUUAUGGAGAACACUAUGGAAAGCCAGAAGGCAGAAAGGGAAGAACUCAGCCGCCUUCGGAUAGCCUGGCAACUUAAAGCCACUGCAAGCAAGCCCACGAAACAGCAGUGGGGAGCGUUCAAAGAGCAACUUAGAAAGACUACUCACAACUUAAAACUUCUUCAGGAAGCACUUAUGCCUGUGUCUGCACUUGACCUUGGAGGGAGUCUCCAGACCAUUUUAGGUCUACAAAAAAAAUGGAACGAAAUGAAACCUCAGUUCCAGCAACUGAAUGAUGAGGUUCAAUACAUUAUAAAAGAGUCAGAAGAGUUAAGUGGCAAAGGAGCCCCUGUGAAGGAGAAGUCUCAACAGCUGAAGGACCUAAUUCACCUCCAUCAAAACCAGGAAGAGAGAAUCCAAGAUUACGAGGAGAUCCUGUCUAAGAUUGUCCAGUUCCACCAAGUAAGAGAAGAGCUGGGACGACUCUUCAGAUCAAGAGAACUGGAGUUUCUACAACAGCCAAAGGAAAUGGAUGACGCUCACGAAGUCCAGGUUCUCCUCAGUCGCUCUCGGGAAAAGCAGGCACACAUAGACCAUCUGUAUAAACUGGCUCUUUCCUUGGGGGUGGACGUCAUCUCGUCAGUUCAGCGGCCUAACUGCUCUAACGUCUCUGCAAAGAACCUGCAGCAGCAGCUGGACAUCCUUGAGGGGGACAGUCUGAACUGGCGUGCCCAGGCUGAGGACCACGAGCGGGCCCUGACCCACAGCCUGGAGUUCUGUACCGCAAGGGGUGAGAUGAGCGAGCUCAAAGACUCAUUCAAAGACAUCAAAAAGAAAUUCAACAAUUUGAAGUUUAAUUACACUAAGAAAAAUGAAAAAGCUCGAAAUCUAAAAGCUCUCAAAUAUCAAAUUCAACAAGUAGAUAUGUAUGCUGAAAAACUACAGGCUUUGAAAAGGAAAAUGGGAAAAGUUGAGAAUAAAACUUUUUUCUUAAAUUAUCCAAAUAAUAAAGUGAAUGUCCUUUUGGAAGCCAUGAGGGAUUUGCAGAAAAAUGUGGAUGAGUUUGACAAAGUUGUGACAGAUUACAGGAAGAAUUUGGACCUGACUGAGCAUCUCCAGGAGUUGAUAGAAGAGUGUCACUUUUGGUAUGAAGAUGCAAGUGCCACAGUUGUAAGAGUUGGAAAAUAUUCCACAGAGUGCAAGACCAAGGAAGCUGUGGAGAUUCUCCUUCAGCAGUUCAAAAAGUUUAUCACACCUUCAGUGCCUCAACAAGAAGAAAGGAUUCAGGAAAUCAGUGACCUGGCUCAGCAUUUAUAUGGUUUUGAAGAAGGGCAGAAAUAUGCUGAGAAAAUAGUGGCCAAACACAAAGAGGUUCUUGAAUCUGUUACUGAAUUAUGUAGCUCUCUCACAGAGCUUAAAGAAAAAAAGGGAAACGUUUUAAAGAUGAACCUGAAUUUGGAAGGCUUCCACGAUGAUUGCAUUGACCUACUAAAAGAACCAGCGAGAAAUGAGCAGACAAUAUUCAAUAAAGGAAGGAAUAAGGAGCAGGCCAAGCCAGCGGACGACUUGGUGGUCAAUGGAGCAGGAGAGGGUCAGCUUCCACGGGAAGUGAAGCAGCUGGUCCCCGGCAAAGAGGGUGCUGUCCAAGGCCUGCUCCUGCCCGUGGAUGUGCUUUCAGGAGAAGAAUAUGAGUGUGUCUCGCCCGAGGACGUCUCCCUGCCUCCGCUCCCGGGAAGCCCCAAUUCCCUCCUCUCUCCAUCCGACAUGGAGCUGGAGGCGGGUGCCCUCCCGUCCCUCCGCCGGCAUCUAAGCGGCCACGGGAUGCAGACAGGGGCCAGUGGUCCAGGGGAGGCCCCGGAGUCUGGCCUUCCACCACCUGCUGCUUUUGCUGAUGCUUGCAAUGAUAAGAGAGAAACAUUUUCAAGUCAUUUUGAGAAGCCUUCCCCCCAGUUCCAAGCUGAGCCCCCAUUAACAUCCCGAGGAUUUCUGGAAGAGAGUACUGACUUCCACAGAAUCAGUGUUAAACCUCCAGAGAGCAUGUGCAGUGAAGUGCAUGCGCGAGCUUUGCAACAGCACCCCCAGGCUCAGGGAAGUUUGCUAGAAACACCGGAGAAAACGCAUGCUGAUAAUAACGUCACUAAAACCCGAAGUAGGCUGCAUGCUUCCCAGGAUGCAUGCUCGGGCCUCGGGUUUCAGCCAGGCCCCAGCCAGGCCUGUCAGAGGCAAAUGAUUCCCAGAGAAGAGAUUAAAGGUACCUCAGCAAAGAACAGCGUGGUCAGCCUAGCUGGCCAGGCCCCUAAUUUCUCCAGGCUCUUGUCUAAUGUAACUGUCAUGGAAGGUUCUCCAGUGACUUUGGAAGUUGAAGUAACAGGAUUUCCAGAGCCUACACUGACAUGGUACAAGAAGGGCCAGAAAUUGUCUGCAGAUGGGCACUUGCAUGUUUUACACAAGGAGACAAGACAUUCGGUGUUCAUUCCAAAGGUAUGCGAGGCAGAUGCGGGCCUCUAUGUGGCUCGGGCCCAAAACUCUAGUGGCAUUUUCUCUUCCAAUGUCAUCCUCCACGUGACAGGUAACCACAGGCCGCCCAUCACAAGAAUAAACUGGAUCCUGCUGAGUGUCAUCUAUGUUAGCGUGUCCCUAAUGUACUGGCUACUCACACAGUAACUGCGGGGUUGGCACCAAUGGGCGUCAUUCUUAUGAGCCUAAAGGACAACAGUACUGCUGUUUAUUUUCCUGCAUCUCCCACCAAGCAUCCCCAACCAAGCAUCCCCCACCAAGUGUACCUCCAUUCUGGCCGUAUUGCUUUUUUGGAAUACCACUGCUCGGUGAAAUAAUCAAAUUUUCUUUAGUGCUUUAAUGUAUUUGAAGAGCUCAGUAAAUCA